CCCGAAGUUUAGAACGAAGUCAGGCUCAACUUGAGAACAGUGAAAGGGCAGUGAUUUGCAAUGCACGCUGUCACUCGUUCUUCUUUGGGUAAAAUGCUGCGGGCCCGUCAGUAGUUGUUUGCAGUUGGUACUACCAGCCUAUUUGAGUUUUUAACUGGAAAUCUCUUGUAGCUGUAUGUUUUUUUGUGGAGAAAUACACUUCCACAGUGGUGUAGAUAUGCGCGUUGUUAUGUGUGCAAGCGUGGCCUUUGGAAACAGCAGAAAGAAGUUUUCUUUUACUGGAGAUUCCGAUAGCUAACAUAAUAUUGUUGAAGAUAACUUUAGCCUACAUAAGAAGCCUACAAGACUACACAACGAAUUCAUUUUUUGAGUCACCUGGAUUAACUUGGUCAAGAUUUACAGUUUGGAAGUCCGUGAAAUUUAGGGGUUCUUAGUCUAUACUAGGGCCUACUUUGUUUUGUUGUAACUUUUUUCGGAAACAACAUUUUUCAUAAAUUCAUUGGGAUAAUGGAUCCGAGCCAGCACAAUCCGCCUGCGGGCCACCAAAUCGUCCAUGUCCGGGGGGAUUCUGAAACAGAUUUGGAGGCACUUUUCAACGCCGUGAUGAACCCGAAAAAUACAAUCGUACCCCCUUCUGUACCUAUGAGGAUGAGGAAGCUGCCAGACUCCUUUUUCAAACCACCGGAGCCCAAGUCUCAUUCCAGACAAGCCAGCACAGACGCAGGCACUGCAGGCGCUCUCACCCCCCAGCAUGUCCGUGCCCACUCGUCCCCUGCCUCCCUGCAGCUUGGAGCAGUCCCCUCUGGCUCCCUUGCCAGCAUGGCCCCUGCAGGGGCCCCCCCUCAGCACCUCCGCCAGUCCUCAUAUGAGAUCCCUGAUGACGUGCCGCUGCCCCCCGGGUGGGAAAUGGCAAAGACAGCCUCAGGACAGAGAUACUUCCUCAAUCACCUUGACCAGUCCACCACCUGGCAGGACCCUCGCAAAGCCCUUCUCCAGAUGAACCAGGCUGCGCCUGCCAGCCCUGUGCCAGUACAGCAACAGAACAUUAUGAGCCCAGCCACCGGUCCUCUCCCUGAUGGCUGGGAACAGGCCAUUACCUCAGAGGGCGAGAUAUACUACAUCAACCACAAGAACAAAACCACCUCUUGGUUGGACCCAAGACUCGACCCACGCUUUGCUCUAAACCCUCAGCGUAUUACCCAGAGUGCCCCAGUGAAGCAGGGCGGCCCGCUGCCUACCAGCCCCCAGACUGGAGUCAUGGGAGGUAAUAGCCAGAUGAGGCUUCUGCAGAUGGAGAAGGAGAGGCUAAGAUUGAAACAGCAGGAGCUGCUUCGCCAGAGGCCCCAGGAGCUGGCUCUGAGAAACCAGCCUCCGACCAGCAUGGAGCAGGACGGAGGCCCCCCCAACCCUGUGUCCUCGCCUGGGAUGGCCCAGGAUGCCAGAACCAUGACGGCUAACAGUACUGACCCAUUUCUCAACAGCGGGACCUACCACUCCAGAGAUGAAAGCACAGACAGCGGGCUGAGCAUGAGCAGCUACAGUGUCCCUCGCACUCCUGACGACUUCCUCAACAGUGUUGAUGAGAUGGACACAGGAGACUCUCUUCCAGCCUCUUUGGCAUCGCAGACAAGCCGUUUCCCAGACUACCUUGAUGCCAUUCCGGGCACAGACGUUGACCUGGGAACCCUGGAGAGCGAGAGCAUGGUGGUGGAGGGUGAGGAGCUGAUGCCAAGCCUGCAGGAGGCCCUAAGCUCCGACAUUCUCAAUGACAUGGAGUCUGUGCUGGCAGCCACCAAGAUUGACAAGGAGAGCUUCCUCACAUGGUUAUAGAGAAAGCCACUGUCCUCACUCUCCGACGCUCUGAUCUGCUGCCUUCUCUCCAACCUGUGAAGGAUGCCUGAUGCUUCUGAGACUUUUCAGCAGCCCUUUUGCAGACAUCUCUCUCUCUGUUUUGCCGUACGAGGCCAAACUCUGUAGAGUCAGCGGUCCUUCUCUUCUGUCGUUUUUUUUCUCUCGCUAGUUUACUUCUUAUAUCUCUUUUAUUUGUCUGUGUCUUCAAGGCUGGCCCAUGAACAGACAAUUAUUCAAGGGUCCCCAAAUCUUUCACAUGGCUGUCCAUACAAUCCAUCUUGGGUGCCUCAACCCCCCUUCCAUAGAUGAGCUGGGCAUGUGCAUGUACUUUUCAGACAGGAUAUCCAUCAUCAUCUGGAGCCUCUGGUGCCUCAUUGUUUUGAAGUACAGUGUUAAGCAGCAAUACUGUGUUUGAGACUAUUGCUUCGAGCUCAAAAAACAAACAUUUUAACGUUGGCCUUUUACACUUAAGACCUUCUUUCUGUCUUUUUUUCGGAGCCUGAGAAACCAAAAAUGAUGUAUCUGAAGUGAAUAGAACAAUACUGAUUUGGAAUUAAGGUAACAUGAGACCCAGUGAGGACGUGCUGUCUCUUGGGGGGAUUGUGGUGGAGGCUGGAGCCUGGGGGACCUACAUAACUGCUUGGCUGUGCCAGCGAGUCUAAGUUAAUCCUUUGUCAAAUCAAGUGCCUUCAGUUGUAUUUUUUGAGAGAGGAGCGAAGCAAAGCAUUACCAAGUUUCUGUACUGCAGUAUGAAGCAGUAGAGAAGACGCUGCAUCGUGAACACCAACCACACUCUCCAUUACCUACACUAAUGAUCAAUAAUCAAAAAUGUAUUUCUGUUUUAUAAAACAUAUUAUAAUGGAACUGACUCAUUUGUAUUUCAGACUUAUUUGAGGCUGAUUCUGUCUUGUUUUAUCUUUAAAGAAUAUUGUAUGUUAGGUUAUUACAUGUGUUAUAGAUCAGACUGCUUAUUUGCUGAUACUUGUUUUUAGGUGGAUUUAUACAUUUUAACAGGGUCACCUUUCAGCACAUCACAGCAACAGAUUUUAUUCACAGAGAGGGAAUUUUCAGAUUUACAAAUUACAAACUUUGUUUCCACGUAAACAGUUCUAUAUGACUUUAGUAAUAUUGUACCCAUAUAUAUUGCGUUGUAUCCCUGUUGUGCUAUAAUAUGCUUCAAAAUGAACCAAAAUAAGAAACUAAAAACAAAAAAAAACAAACAAAUGCACUUGGAUCCAUUAGAA